AUGUUCUCUAAAAUUGUAACACUCUGCGCUCUGGUAGCGGUGUCCCAGGCGGGACUUCUGACUGAGCCGCACUACCAGUCCGCCGUCUCCUCGCAGAGCAUCGUGCGCCAUGAUGAGGGUCAGGCCACUAAGCUUGCCUACCAAGCAGCCCCCGCCGUCUCUUACCAUGCUGCCCCCGCUGCAGUGACCUACCAAGCUGCCCCUGCCGUCUCUUACCACGCCGCCCCCGCUGCCGUGACCUACCACGCAGCCCCCGUCGCUAAGGUCGCCGUUGCCGCCCCUAUCGCCUACCACGCCCCUGCCCCCGUCGCCUACCACGCCGCUCCGGUCGCUAAGGUCCUCGCUCAACCCGAGGAAUAUGCCCACCCCAAAUACGAGUAUUCUUACUCCGUUGCUGACCACCACACCGGUGACGACAAGUCGCAGCACGAGAUCCGCGACGGUGAUGUGGUGAAGGGCUCCUACUCUUUCCACGAGGCUGAUGGCUCCAUUAGGACUGUGGAGUACACCGCCGAUGAUCACAACGGCUUCAACGCGGUUGUGCACAACACCGCCCCCAAGGCCGCCCCCGUAGUCGUCAAGGCCGCCCCCGUGGUCCUCAAGGCCGCCGCCCCCGUCCUCUCCUACUACCACCACUAAG